CAAAACAACCCGCCGCCAGAUGCUUCAAACUUCAAUUGCAUCCCCCACAAUCACUAUGGCAGAUAAACUCCGCAUUCUUCUCGUCGGCAAUGGCGGCCGCGAACACGCUAUCGCCUGGAAACUCCUCCAAUCGCCCCGCGUCGAGCACAUCUUCAUCGUCCCCGGUAACGGCGGCACCGCGAACCUCGCGAAAGCAACGAAUGUUUCGACGAUUAAGCAGGAGGAUUUCCCGGCGCUCGUGCAAUUCGCGAAAGAGAACAGCGCGAAUGUGCUCAUUCCAGGACCCGAAGCACCGCUCGUCGCGGGCAUUGUGGAUUACUUUCAGAAGAAUGGUGGGGAGGGCAUACAGUGUUUUGGGCCGAGCGAGGCGGCGGCGAGGAUGGAGGGGAGUAAGACUUUUGCGAAGGAUUUCAUGAAGAGGCAUGGAAUACCGACGGCGGCGUACGAGAACUUUUCUUCUUACGACCGCGCGAAAGAUUAUCUCGAAUCUGUCUCGCACGACGUAGUCAUCAAGGCCUCUGGACUCGCAGCCGGGAAGGGAGUCAUCAUACCGCAGAGCAAAGAAGAGGCACAUUCUGCGCUGAAGGAGGUCAUGCUGGAUAAGGAAUUUGGCGCUGCGGGCGAUGAGGUGGUUAUCGAGGAGUUCCUGGAGGGCGACGAGCUAAGUAUACUGUCGUUCAGCGACGGGACAACAAUCCGUUCGUUACCGCCCGCACAAGACCACAAGAGAAUUGGGGACGGGGAUACUGGGCCUAACACUGGCGGCAUGGGCACGUACGCCCCGACACGCAUUGCACCUCCGGAAAUCGUCGAUCGCAUCCAUAAAGAAGUCCUACAGCCGACUAUCGACGGGAUGAAGGCCGAGGGCUUUCCUUUCAACGGUGUAUUGUUCACGGGGCUUAUGAUGACAAAGUCUGGACCGAAAGUGUUGGAGUAUAAUGUGCGGUUUGGGGAUCCGGAGACACAGAGCUUGCUGUGCUUGAUGGAGAGUGAUCUCGCAGAUGUAAUGGUCGCGUGUACAGAGCAGAGGCUCAAGGAUGUGGAGGUGAAGGUGUCGGACAAGAGCGCGGCCACAGUGGUGGUUGCUGCGGGUGGUUAUCCAGGGUCUUAUGCGAAGGGCACGGUUAUGAAGUUGGAUCCGAUGCCUGAAGAUGUUGUCCUGUUCCACGCCGGGACCUCCUUUGCCGAAAACACGCUCAAAACAUCCGGCGGUCGUGUCAUCGCGUCAACAGCCGCUGCAUCGACGCUCGAAGAGGCUGUGGCUAAGGCGUACAAGGGCGUGGAGUGCAUUCAUUUCGAGGGGAUGCAGUAUAGGAAAGAUAUUGCUGGCAGGGCUUUGAAGAAGUGAUUAAGAGAUACCAAUGCAUGCGUGUGAGAGAAUAGGAAGGUUGGCGUUCGGCGCACUAGGAAAAAGACAUCGCAUUAUAGGUAUUGUGGCUAUGUAGGUGGUAGAAAUAUUGCGCAUGAUGCUAAGAUGGAGAGAACUGUGAAGAAUUGGAGUCUAGAACAACUGAGACAGUCCUCCUCCCGACAAGCCAUACCUUCGAUAUAGAUGAAAGCGAACUGACGAUCGGGGGAGCAAAAGUUAGGACUACCGCGUGAAAAACGCUGCGAACGAUUGUCUGUCCUG